AUGGCGGGUUCUGUGCUGCUCUACGGCAUUGUGCAGGUGCCCGCCUUCAUGGGCUUCCCUGAGAGCCCACAGGCUGCCCUGACGGGAGCGGUGGUGUGCCUGGCUGCGGCUGUGGCCUACUGCGCCUACAGCGUCCUCAGCCCGGAGCUGCAGCGCCGCAAGAUAGAGGCGGCGCGCAAGAAGCGGCUCAGGCUGUACAUGGUCAAGGCCUUAGCUGAGCGCACUGUGGCUGCCCCGCGCUUUGGCUCCCUGGUGGACCCCUCUGGCCGUGUCAACAGGUCCACACUGCGUGUGCUGUUUGACGAGUUUGACACAGACAGCAGCGGCACCAUCGACGCCGGCGAGGUGCAGGCCCUCCUGCUGGGGCUGCGGCUGGGCGGCAGCGACGACGCCCUGGCCGUGGACCGUGCCACCGUGGACCUCUGGUUCCAGGAGAUGGACGUUGACUCUGACCGCGAGAUCAGCUUUGAGGAGUUUCACGCCUGCCUCUCGAGCGGCGCUGCUGGCGGACCUGCCCCCUGA